UUUUGAAUGUAGGCCAGCUCUACUCCACCGGCUCUACGCUUCAGGCUGUGGACAGUUACGGUCCAAUUCAAGUUACAAUAAAUCUGUUUAAAUAAAAUGUUUAUUUGCAGCUAAUCAUUUCUGCUAACUUUGAGCUCACACACGAACCAGCAUGUCAGGUAAAAAAAAGAGACCCGGCUGAGAUUCUGUAGGGAUCAACCCCAGCCUGUGAUUGGAGGACGUUCUGCCACGUGCACACUUUGGAUUUUUUUGCUACAGACUCAGAUCAAAUUCGACUGAGCAGGUUAGUCUCUGUGCAGAGUGCAGCAGCAGAACCUUCUCACCGAGCUCACAGGGAAAUAAAUACUGUGACACUCACCUGACAGCUGCUCUUUCAGGUUGCCGCUGUAGCUGUUCACUAACCUGCAGAGUGAGCUGAGGCCGCUGUCCUGAAACCUUUUGGUUAAGUUUGGACUCUCUUUUUAAACAAACCAAAAUGGCUUUGAGCUCAUUUGACAUCGAUGCACCACGAUGGGAUCAGACUACGUUUAUGGGCCGACUGAAGCACUUCUUCAACAUCACCGACUGGAGAACGGUGGUCUUACCUGACUCACGCUUAGACGAGGCCAAAGCUUUAGUAGAAAGCUGCAGGGCAGGGUCCAUCCCUCCAGGCACAACAGAGGAGCAGCUCCACUACGCAAAGAAGCUGUACGACUCGGCCUUCCACCCAGACACGGGAGAUCGCAUGAACCUCAUUGGUCGCAUGUCCUUCCAGGUGCCUGGAGGCAUGGCCAUCACCGGCUUCAUGCUGCAGUUCUACAGGACAGUUCCUGCUGUGGUCUUCUGGCAGUGGGUGAAUCAGUCCUUCAACGCUCUGGUCAACUACACAAACCGUAACGCUGCCUCUCCAAUCACUCCCAAGCAGAUUGGUGUAGCCUACAUCACAGCAACCAGCACAGCAUUGGCAACAGCAGUCGGACUGAACCUCUACACAAAGAAAGCUCCUCCUCUUGUGGCUCGCUGGGUUCCUUUUGCUGCAGUGGCUGCAGCUAACUGUGUUAAUAUUCCUAUGAUGAGGCAACAGGAAAUUCUGAAUGGCAUCGCUGUCACGGAUGAAAAUGGGAACAAACUGGGUCACUCUACGAAAGCGGCAGCAAAAGGCAUCACGCAGGUGGUCAUCUCUCGGGUCACCAUGGCUGCACCUGGCAUGAUUGUCCUCCCCAUCAUCAUGCAGAGGCUGGAAAAGUACAAGUUCAUGCAGAGAAUCACAUUUCUCCACGGACCAAUUCAAGUGAUGAUGGUGGGCGUGUUUUUAAUCUUCAUGGUGCCAGCUGCCUGCUCCCUGUUCCCUCAGCGAUGCUCCAUGGCCGUGUCGAAGCUGGAGCCGGAGCUGAGAGACUCCAUCAGGUCACAAUAUGGAGACCGCGUACAACAAGUCUACUUCAACAAAGGCCUGUGAGGCUGAACGUGCUGAUAACUGUUACCUCUCUGACACACUACACCGGUUACAUACUGUACGCUCAUGUAAUUUUGUUGCCAUGUUCUAAUUAUUAGUAUUCAAUCAUUUGAUGGUGAUUAGCUUUGAUAUCGAAUGUAUACUUUUCUGUGGGACUUUCUUUCUUUGUAUCUGAUUCGGCUUUUCUUUCUAUGGGGUCUUAAUUUCUGUAGUAUUCUCUCCUGAUGACAAACCAAACGGUCUCUUCUCAGGAACUACACAUUACUGAGUCACGCUCGGAUCAGUUUGUCUCUCAUGGCGUGACUCGUCUGUUGAGAAAUGCGUCUGCCUGUCAAGUCUCUUGCAGUCUGUGCCUUCCACAAAAUGACCAUGACGCUGCUGGAUCUUUCUCUUUUUUUAAUUAUUUUAAGUGAUAUUGGAUUUACUAAUGAGCCAUAGAAAUCCUUCUAUGCAGAGGAGAAGUCAGGCAGAGGAUACUGCCCUCUUCUGCCAGAACAAAGGUAGUUGUUCGGACUGGUGUGCAUGAUAUUUUUUUUUCAAGGUUUUAUCAGUUACCAGAAUAUUUCACUGUGUAAACUUUGAAUAAGUUGGAAUAAAUUCACAUAUUUGGAAUAUA